AUGUGGGGAUGCGCGUGCUGCGGGUGGGCCAUCCACCGCCUCGUCCGCACGGGCGCGGACGCCAGCCGCGACUGGCCCGCCGCGUCCAAAGACGAAAUGGCGGACUUCCCGCGGCUCGCCGCGCUCAUUCUCGCGUCGUACGAGCCCGACUUACCGAAAUGCCUGCAGCUGCUGGAGUCCGUCUCCGACGAUCACGGAAACAUCGCCUCGCGGACCGACGCCGCUGAGAAACAGAAACCGUCCAAACAAUGCGACUCCGACGCCAUGCAUACCCAAACGGCGAAGGCGAAGGACCCUGAUUCCCAGAAAGGUAACCAGCCUGGUUUCGAAUCCAACGGCAAGGACGGUCCGGCGAAGGGGAAGCGGGAGGUGAUCGAGGCGCGCGUGCUGCGGAAGGUGGAGCAGCGCGAGACGGACGGGCAGUGCCCGUCGUACCUAGUGUACCUGGAUGACGCGAAUAAAGACAUCACGGUGGCGAUGCGCGGCAUGAACCUGACGCAAGUGUCGGACUACGAGAUCCUCAGGAACAACCGCAAGGGCAAGCAGAUGUUUGACGGGGGCUACGUGCACUGCGGGCUACUGGCAGCAGCAGGCGCGUUCCUAGACCUCGAGAUGGACCAUCUCAAGCGCCUCCUGCGCCGCCACCCUACGCACACGCUCACACUCACGGGCCACUCCAUAGGAGCGGGCGUGCUGGCGCUGGCAGCCAUGGUGCUGGCGAAUAACCUGCGCGAGCUGGGCCGCGUGCGCAGAGGGCGCAUCCGCUGCGUCGGGUUCUCGCCGCCGCGCUGCGCGUCGCUCAAUCUGGCCGUGCGCCAUGCGGAUAUCAUCACGUCUGUUGUGCUGCAGGAUGACUUUCUGCCCCGUGUGGCGCACCCGCUCGCGCUAGUAUUUGGAGUCACCUUCUGUCUACCAUGUGUACUGCAGUACUCAUGCUGCCAUGACACGUGUGUGCCGGAGCAGAGGAGACUGGCGGAUCCCAGAAGGCUGUAUGCCCCCGGCCGCCUCUACCACAUGCUCUACACACGCCGCUGCAGCUGUGAGGACCUUCCCCCGGUGGCACUGACAGCCAUUCCAGUGGAGGGGCGGUUUGAGCACGUGGUGCUGUCACGCACUGCCACUCGCGACCACAUGCUGCCCCUCAUAGCUGCCAAGCUGCACCAGUUCCUGCAGACUGUGGAGGAGCCUGAAGCUGAAGCAGAAGGCACGGCGGAAGCAGUUGUGAUGACAGCACCAGCAGCGGAGGUGAUGGAACGGGGAGCAGGAGCAGGUGACUUGCAUGAAAAGCAGCCGUCUCUGGAGGACCAGAUGCAGGGGGGGUCGCAGCGCCAGUCGCAGCGUCAUCAGCCUUCGCUGCUGCAGCAGCAGCGCCAGCUGCAGCAUCUCAAGUCCCUGGAGCGUUGUCUCACACUGGGAAUACCCAAUGCUAAGGACCCUGCUGUUCUCGCAGCAGACUUGGAGGGGGAGGAGGAGGAGGAUGACAGGGAGGAGGAAGGGAUGCAGGUGGGGCAGUCAGACUUGGACAGAACUUCCAAAGGAGAUGCUCAGGGUGUGCAGUCGGAGAGUGGCGAGGCUGGUAAAACUGCCGCUGGCAGCAGUAGCAGUGUUGAUCGCAGUGGUGGGAAGCAGCCGCAGGCGCAUGAAUCGUCAGCGCAUGUGCACAAGCGGUGGCAGGAUUUGAUAGAAGCACUUAUGUCUGAUGAGGGAGGGGUUGCCAGGGCAGGAGGUGCAGGUGAUGUUAUAAGAGAGUGUCCAUCUGGAGGCAGUGAGGGCCAUGGGCAAAGUGGGGCUGGAGGGAAAGGGUUUGCGUUUAGGAGUAUGAGCUGGAGGCAAUCAUCGUUUGGUGCUCGUCGGUCAUCUGGGGCCGAGGAUGAACACGAGAAAACAGGAUGGGGAAGGGUGAGGCAGGCCGUGAGAGAUGGGAACUCGGGAGGAAAUCAAAGCCAAAUCGGAUAUGCUCUGGUGCCUAUGAUCGCUCGUGGCAUUCUCCUCGGCCCUGACCAGCCUGUCAUUCUUCACCUUCUUGAUAUCCCUAUUGCCGAGACCGCCCUCAAUGGCGUCCGCAUGGAGCUGAUCGACGCCGCUUUCCCCCUCAUUCACGGGGUUGUCGCGACGUCGAAUGUUGAGGAGGCAUGCAAGGGUGUCCAGGUGGCCAUCAUGGUGGGAGGUUUCCCCCGCAAGGCCGGCAUGGAGCGCAAGGACGUGAUGUCCAAGAACGUCUCCAUCUACCGCGAUCAGGCCUCCGCUCUGGAGAAGUUCGCUGACAAGGACUGCAAGGUGGUGGUCGUUGCUAACCCCGCCAACACCAACGCGCUCAUCCUCAAGGAGUUCGCGCCCAAGUUCCCCGCCAAGAACAUCACCUGCCUCACCCGCCUGGACCACAACCGCGCGCUCGGCCAGAUCUCGGAGCGCCUGGGCGUGCCGGUGGCGAACGUGAAGAACACCAUCAUCUGGGGCAACCACUCGUCGACCCAGUACCCCGAUGUGAACCACGCCGUCGUCGUCACUCCCGAGGGCGAUAAGGCCGUGCGCGAGCUUGUCAAGGACGACGCUUGGCUUGAUGGCGAUUUCAUCAAGACCGUUCAGCAACGCGGUGCUGCCAUCAUUGCGGCCCGCAAAUUGUCAAGUGCUCUCUCCGCUGCCUCUUCUGCCUGCGACCACGUCCGGAACUGGGUGAAGGGCACACCUGAGGGUACUUGGGUGUCAAUGGGAGUCAUUUCUGACGGAUCGUAUGGAGUUCCCAAGGACAUCAUCUAUUCCUUCCCUGUCACCUGCAAGGAUGGCGAGUGGACCAUUGUGCAAGGGCUGUCAAUUGAUGCUAACUCAAAGGCGAAGAUGGAGGCCACAGCAGCAGAGCUUGUUGAGGAGAAGGAGCUUGCAUACGAGUGCCUCAAAGCGUAA